GCCCGCCAGACCUGGGGGUCUGGGCCGGCAACAAGUUAUUAUCAUUAUCGCAAACAUGGAUCAAGGAAACAGAGGCUGCCGGGAGGCCCGGGGUCCAUGAACUACUGUACGAGGCUGUCGGACACUGAGUCGCCAUGGGGAUGGCUGCCCUGGGCCUCCUCUGGGCAGCGCUCCUGCUCCCUCUCUCGGUGUCUGGACUCCCCACCGAGGAGCCCACUUCUGGGGAAGCUGUGGCCUCUAGUUCCCCUGGACAUUGUCGACGGUGCUGUGACUCUGAAGACCCCGCGGUCCUUGCUGAUGCUGCGCAUGUGUCCUCAGCCUCUCCGUCUGCCCUCCCAUAUGUGCUGCCUGAGGUCAGGCCCUACAUUAACAUCACCAUCCUGAAGGGUGACAAAGGGGACCGAGGCCUGCUGGGCUCACCUGGGAAGCUGGGCAGGGAGGGUCCCCGGGGGGACCGUGGCCCCCAGGGCAUCAAAGGUGCCAAGGGGCAGGUGGGCAGCCCUGGCAGUCCAUGCCAGACGCGCUUCUCGGCCUUCUCCGUGGGCCGCAAGACAGCCCUGCACAGCAGCGAGGGUUUCCAGCCGCUGCUCUUCGACACGGUCUUCGUGAACCCCGACGGGCACUUCAACCUGGCUGCUGGCCACUUCGUUGCCCCCCUGCGCGGCCUCUACUUCUUCAGCCUUAAUGUGCACAGCUGGAACUUCAAGGAGACCUACGUGCACGUGGUGCACAAUGACAAGGCAGCCGUCAUCCUGUAUGCGCAGCCCAGCGACCGCAGCAUCAUGCAGAGCCAGAGCGUGAUGUUGGCCCUGGCGCCAGGCGACCGCGUCUGGGCACGGCUCUUCAAGCGUGAGCGUGAGAAUGCCGUCUACAGCGACGACAUAGACACCUACAUUACCUUCAGCGGCCACCUCAUCAAGCCCGAGGACGAUUAGUGCCUCCCCUGGGGCAGCUCUGCCCUGGGGUGGCUGUGGGCAGGUCUGUCUCCUGUGGGGGCCCCAGUUUGCCCAUCUGUAAAAUGGGCCCCUGACCUGGCAUUCUGGGCAGCCUUCCUCCUCCUUUUUUGCCCUCCAUCACCCCUCCUAGUCUGUUCCUGCCUCUCUCCUCUUGAACAUUUUAAGAAAUCUCCUAACCUACAUCUUCUAGAACUUUCCCAACCUUGUAGACCAGCCAUUUUCAAACUUGAAUGUGACACAAAUCACUGGGGCAUCGUGCUGAAAUGCAGAGUCUGAUUCAGCAGGUGUGGAGUGGGCCCAGGAUUCAGCAUUUCCAGUACCUUCCUGAGUGAUGCCGGUGCUGCUGAUCUCUGGGACCCCACUUGAGUAACCAGGUCCUACAGCUUUCACAACAUUUUGGUACUUUCCAAACAUUUUGAAAUCUUCCAAACAUUCUGGAAUCUUCCCAACAUCCUUAAAUUUCAUCCUUCUAGGAUACUUCCUCCUCUUGUCUCUUGCAACCUCUUCCUUCUCUCUGAACUCCUGU